GUAUUUUCAACAAGAUAUACAUGCAAUAUUUUAAAAAAUAUAUUAAUAGGAUUUAGUCCAAAUAGAUAACAAAUUAUAGUAUGCUUAUUUUCUAGGACCUAGUAGACAAUCAAUUGAGCUAUAUAUAGCCAUCAAGCUUAAGAAAAUGGCAGAUCUACAUCAACUUGUUUUGUUUUUCUUAUGAUUCAAUUUUAUUGAUAUUCCUCCAUAGGACAAUUCCUAGCUGCAAAAUGUAUAGUUGGAAGUCCAUUUGUGAUUGCAUUCUUGAUAUAUAAAUGGCAAAGGAGACAUUUAUCAAUGUAUGAUGGUGUUGAAGAAUUUUUGACAAGCCACAACAACCUUAUGCCAAUAAGGUACUGUUACUCAGAAAUUAGAAAAAUGACCAAAAAUUUCAACGAUAAACUUGGAGAAGGUGGCUAUGACACUGUCUUUAAAGUAACACUUCGAAGUGGCCAACUCGUAGCUGUAAAGAUGUUAGGAUCAAAGCGUGCUCUUGUAUAUGAGUUCAUGCCUAAUGGAUCUCUAAAUAAACACAUUUUCUUACAAGAAGGAAGUGUGCUUUUGAGCUAUGAGAAAAUACUUGACAUUGCUUUUGGAGUUGCUCGUGGGAUUGAAUAUUUACAUCAGGGUUGUGACAUGCAAAUUUUGCAUUUUGAUAUCAAGCCUCAUAACAUUCUUCUCGAUGAAAGUUUUCGUCCAACGGUUUCUGACUUUGGGUUGGCAAAAUUGUAUUCACUAGAUGAAAAUAAUCUUUCUUUAACUGCUGCAAGAGGGACAUUAGGAUACAUGGCUCCUGAGUUGUUCUAUAAAAGUAUUGGAAAUGUCUCAUACAAAGCUGAUGUAUACAGUUUUGGAAUGCUAUUAAUGGAAAUGGCUGGUAGAAGAAAGAACUGGAAUUCCUUAACAGACAAUUCCAGCCAUGUUUACUUCCCAACAUGGGUUUUUGACCAAUUGCACAAUGGAGAGCCCAUAGAAUUGGAAGAUAUUACAGAGAAAGAAAAGGAAUUAAUUACAAAGAUGCUCAUGGUCGCACUAUGGUGCAUACAAAUGAAGCCCAAUGAUCGCCCUUCAAUGAGUAGAGUUAUAGAAAUGCUUGAAGGGGAAGUUGACUGCUUGCAAUUGCCUCCGAGACCUUUUCUAACAUCAAUGGAGAGAUUAGUAGACAAUAUCUUGGAUAUUUCAAAUCAAAGUUUAUCUUCAAUUGAAUGGGGUGAAUCAAGCCAAUCUACAUAUAAUCAUUGAUUAGAGAUUAAAUGAUAUGUUUAUCUCUAAAUUCGGACUCGAAAACCAGCAUCCCUACUAUAAGAGUACACCAAGUCUUCUCAUAUUUAAUAGCAAAAAGAUGUUUUGUAUUUA